CUCCAGAUGCGUACUGAUGGCAGGAGAAAGAAGGAUUGUUGUCGGCCCUUCAGAGCUUGGACGCUUGUCUUUCUGGAUCGAUUGGUGAUGAGGUCCCUAGAGCCCCACAAGGACUUUUGUGCUUGCUAACUCCCCCGGCCAUCCCUUUCCUUCGCAACUUCCUUUCCUCCUAACCAUUGCUCGAAUUCUCGUCGUCCAUUUCGUACACCAUAAACAAUCCUUCACAGCGACAACAAUGAGCCGCACACUUUCAGAGCAGCUGGGUUUCAAGCCUGACCCUCAUGCGCCUGAGCAUAUCACGCAUGGCGGCCAGAAGCUGACUCGAGUCUAUACCAAGGGCGGACACGAGCUCGACAGCCAGCAGAAAGGUCUCCCCGUCUACCAUCGCAGGAUCGCCAACCCUUACCCAGUCUUUGCCAUCGGUAUCGGCGCCUCGCUCUUGACCCUGGGCCUCGUCUUUGUUGAGGCCCGAGGCCUGCAGAACCCGCAAAUUCUGCUCAACAUCGGUCUGCCUCUCGGUGGCAUUGGCGUCAUGACUGCGGCAAUGUUUUCCUUUGCUGAGGGUAACACCUUCUUGGCCACGGCUGCUGGCACUCUUGCUGGCCUGGUCGGCGGAAUUUCCCUCGUCUUUUUGCCCUGGACGGGCAUUCAGCAGGCGUACCUCGAAGAGGCAAACGGCGAUGUUGUCAUGGGACUGGCCGAACUCAACAAGGCCGUUGCUUUCCUCUUCUUUGGCGCAAUGAUUCCUGUCUUUGGCCUGCUCCUCGCCUCCUUCAAGACAGCUAUCCCCCUCUCGAUCUCCGCCUUGCUCAUCGUGAUCGCCCUCAUCAUCCAAGGAACGGCCUACUUGAACCCAAUGGUUUCGCUCACAAAGACGGCGGGCGCCUUAUUCAUCAUUGUCGGCAUCCUCCUCUUCUACUCCGCCACGGCCGUCUUGCUCCAGGAAGAAGGCGUCAAGAUUCUCCCUGUCUUGCCCCUUCCCCGUAUGGAGUAAGAGCAAACUACGCAGUCCCUUUCUUCAAAGCACACUUCCGGGCCCAGCCUCUGACUCGACGAUCUUUGCGAUUGUGCGAUAGAUGUUGCCUGCACGUUGCUGUACAUAGAAUGAAAUGAGAGUCUUACGUGAAGACAAGCAGAGAAACAGGC